GAGCACCGCCCCGCUCCUCGCUGUCACCCGUUCGUGGUGUUACUCGGCCGCAGCGCCUUCGUCGGGCUGGUGUGACGUCGGGAGGCUCUCUGGCUGACGAGGCCCCCGCCCUCGGUGAAGACCUUGUAGAAGUGAUUGAGAGGAAAGAGAACUCUGUAGAAACGCGUUUGGCAAAAGUGCGCCAGUGCCUUUGGAGAGAGCGGCGUCGCGAGCCCGACGAGCGCGGCCGUCUCGUGCGCCGGCGCCUCGGCCUCACGCUGGAGCGGCACCAUGCGAUCGUCGGAGGACAACGCGGACGAUGAGUUCGUGUUCGUGGCCAACAAGGUCCUGACGGGGCCGGAGUGCCCUUCGGGGGACGUGUUUGCGGCCGGCGCCCGUGGCCCUCGCACCCUGCCGCGCCUCAACCACCUGCAGCCCAUCCCCACCACGCUGGACCUGCAGCCGUCGCCCAAGCCGUGGCGCGCCGUGCACCCGCCCACCACCACCGCCCGCUCCAAGGUCACGCCCCUCCCGCCCGAGCUGAUCGAGCUGCUGCCGCCACACCUUCGGGAGAACACGGUGCCGGACUUCAGCGGCUCCAGCCCGCCCCCCGCCGACGAGGCCGCGCCGGAGCGGCCGCCCCUCCCCUCCAAGUACUGCUCGGGCGACUACUACAACCUCGACGACGCCCCGCCGCCGGCGCCCGCCACGCCGCUCGCCAAUUACGGCCAGCUGUCGGAUCUCAUUACCUCAAGUGCACUUAACGGCAUUACCGCCACCCAGACCCACGCCCACGGCGGCAGGGCGGCCUCGCUCACCAGCACUCGCCCGCAGGCCCACGCCGGCGGCGCACAGGCCACGUCCCACACGGCCCCCGCCGCCCUCGCCCUCACCGACUCCGGCAUCAGCAGCGGAGGCAGCAGCAACAGCAGCAGCUGCAGCAGCGUCAGCAGUCGGAGCAGCAGCAGUAAGAGCCUCCCGAGGGAAGGCUCGCGCACGUCGCUCUCAGGGCGCCCCCUGCACCCGCCCUCGCCCAAGUUCGCCCGCGCGACGCCCUCCCCAGCAGCGCCCGCGCCGGCCUCCGCGCCCGCCGAGCCGCUCCUGACGCGGGUUUCGUACACGGCGGUGCUGACGAGCGACGGGGAGCGCGCCUCCAUGGUCCGCCGUUUGGAGGCUCUCACGCCCACGCCCUCGCCGCUGCUGAACACUUUCAGGGCUGCUCACACCCAUUCGGAGCACCUCCCACCCGAGGCGCGCACACACACGCGCCACGUGGCCACCGCCCACUCCACUCUCAACUCGAUGGGUCAGACGAAGUCGACGUCCUCAACGUCAGUGACGACCCACGCGCCCACGCCCUCCUCCACCCCUGCCCACACGCCCUCCCACACGCCCACCCAUACCCCCACACACACCCCUACUCAGCGACGUAAAGUGAGGGGCGGCGGGGAAAACGCGCAGAGUGUGGGCGGCCAGGGACGGGCCAGCCCCUCCGUGCCCUCCUCGGCCGUCCUGGUCGCUCGGCAGGUCGCCGCGCCCAGGCCCUACACGUCGACGGCCUCGACGCCCACGCCUCCCUCUCCCCGCCCACAGUACCGGCAGAUAAGCGGGCGGCCUCCUGAGAUGGGCCCCGCCUCUCCGCCCUCGAGUCCGGAGCUGCGUCGGGCGUGGAACGUGGUGGGCGUCCCGGUGGUGUCGCCGACGGGCUCCUCCACCCCGUCGGGGCGCAGUCCGGCCCCGAGCCCCGUGCCGCGCCCGCUGCCCGCCGCCGCCGAGCUCGACUCCAUCUACGAUAACCUGGUGGUGCGACAGCCGCCGCUGAGCACGCCCACCCCGCGCUCUCCGCCGAUGGCGAGCAUCCCGCCCACCGCCCAGCGGAUAGGGGCGGCCACGGGGCAUCGCCAGGGGCCGCCCGCCACGCCGCCGCCGCGUAAAGUCUCGCAAUCGCCGAUCGUCGGAAAGCCCCCCUCGCCGCCCAUGCAGCGCCGGGGGGCGUCCCGGUCGCCCACGCCGCCUCCCGCGUGGGCGCAGCAGGGCAUUCCCCCGAGGGCUCAGUACGUGCCCUACUGCCCGCCCCCGGACGCCCACUGCGGCGGGUGCUGGGUGCCGGUUUGGGGGUCGUCCCCGCAGCUGUACCAGCCCCCAGGCUCGACGCCCGUGUAUCCCGCCUACGUGUACCACGGGCCGCCCGCGGGCGUCAUUUGUGAGGCUCGAAGCCGCAGUUGCGAGCGCCUCCCCGCCCGCCCGUCUCCGCCGUCGUCCCCGCGCAGUGGGCGGCGGUCGGCGUCUCCGUGGCGGGGGGGUUCGCCCUCGCCCGCCGGCGCCCGCCAUUCUCCCUCGCCCGACCCUGUAAGUGGGCGGCCGCCGAGGCCAAGGCGUCCGCCCAUGAGGAAAUCCAAGACUGUGGAGGUGGGUUGCCUGGGCGUGGGUCUCCAUCAGUCGUCGUCUACGCCCAUGGGAGGACCAAGUGAGCCCACCCCUCUGCCGGCGCACUCGAUUACAUACCUGCAAGGGCCGCCCGCGCCCGGCGUGCCCUCGAACCACGUGUACAUCCACGCCCUAAACCACCAGGGUGCUCCUCUGUACCGCAGCUGCGGCCAGGCGAGGCAGCAGCACAUCCCCAGCUUCGACACCAUCCACGAGCAGCUGGGCAAAGUGGCGAAUGGGUUCCAUGAGCCCGGGUCGUCCCGAGCGACUGACGCGAGCGCCGGCGGCUCCGGGCCGGGGGUUGCACGCGCGCCCUCCCCCGCGGUCUCGUCCUGUAAUUCCUCGAGCCUGUCCGUAGUCUCGCCAGGAGUGUCCAGGCUGGAACAGUCAGAGAUCUCAAAGCCAAAGGGCGGCUCAUUGGAGGACCGCGUGAACCGUCUUGAGGGCGACAAGGACUCGCUGCAGCUCCAGGUGACGGUCCUCAGCGAGCAGGUCGAGGCGCAGACGGAGAAGAUCGCCGACCUCGAGAACCUUCUGGAGGAGAAGAAGGAGCUCCUCAGGAAGACGGAGGAGCAGCUGCAGAAGGAGGUGAUGACGAGAUCGAGCCUCGAGACCCAGCGGCUAGAGCUCUUCAGCGAGAUCAGCAACCUGAAGCUCCGUCAGGCGGCCUUCGAGCGAGAGAAUGCGGACCUGCGGGACAAGAUUCGGCGGUCCGAGCACCAGUCCGAUCACGCCAAGGCACAGCCGGUAUUGUGUGGUGUCGGGCGUUCUGGUAGUGGGAGGAGCAUAACCCCGACGGCCGCGUCCACGCCAAUCCACUCGUUCUUGGUCACCCCCGACUCUCCUCAGCCGAGCCAUCAGCUUGCAGCACAGUUGGCUAACUCCCCAUCUCCGAGUAGCAUCUCUACUCUCUCCACCAUUCCGGCUUCUUCGCCUAACAAGUCUCCUGCUCAGGCUCCCACUGUGUCACCUGCCUCCUCGCCGGUCGCAUCCCAUGAUGCCCGGGAAUUCUUGCCACCGAGGGUGAGUAAGACUCCCCCUCCAAAUGCUCGACGGAAAAUCGACCAGUUUGGAACCAUGCCUCGACAGCGAGAUAUUAUCAUGGGCGGAGAGGCCAACCACGGCUCGGCAACCACAGGGCGAUCCAAGGGAGUCAUGUUCGGUAAAGGCUUCCACUUCCUUCCAUUCCGUGUGGCGGGAAAGCGGAGCACUUCAGCCCCCAACUUAGCGGAAACAGAAAUGCAGAUGAUUGACGACCUGCCUGAGGGAGAGUAUGGGCAUCCAGGAGACGGCAUGAUGGUCCCAGCAUCAUCAACACCAAGGGUUAAUACGCUUGUUGGUCACAGGUCCCCGCCAAUGCAUCCCAAGGCAACAGGCAUCAAAAAGAUAUUUACAAAGCUCCGCCGUAGUAGUUCAGGUCAUCUGGACAGUGAUCUCGGUGAUGGGGACUUCAGGCGAGGUGGAAUGAGGGCUACAGCAUCCGCACGACUUGGCUGGACCUCACCCACCACUACUUUCAAAGAGCCAGGUGAACCUUUCACCAGCUGGAGUUCUGAAACAAUGGAGGCCUGGCUUGGAGGUCUGGGUUUGAGUCAGUAUUGCGCUGCCGUUCGCUGCUGGACGGAUAAUGGUCACCAUUUGUCACAAGUAACACCUCAGCAGUUAGAGAGAGAACUAGGACUCCGUCACCCAUUGCAUAGAAAGAAACUUCAGUUGGCAAUCGCGGCGAGAUUAUCUGGAAAUCAGCUUAACACACCGUUAGCCCGUUUGGAUCAUGCUUGGGUGUUACGUUGGCUGGAUGAUGUGGGUUUACCACAGUAUAAAGACGCUUUUAGUGAAGCACGUAUUGACGGGCGAGUGCUCAACUGCCUAACCUAUGAUGAUUUAGCCUUCCUAAGAUUUACAAAUCUACUACAUGUUACCUCAUUGAAGCGUGGUAUUCAGGUCCUGCGAGAACACAACUUUGAUCCCACUGUGCUGAAGCGACGUUCAGUGCCAGAAGAGGAUCAAAGAUCAAGAACACCAGCAGGAGUGGCACUGUGGACUAAUCACCGUGUCAUGGAAUGGCUGCGAACUGUUGACCUCUCAGAGUAUGCCCCCAAUCUUAGAGGGUCAGGUGUUCAUGGAGCACUAAUGGUGUAUGAAGUGCGUUUCACCUCUGAGCUCUUGGCAUCCCUACUUUCCAUCCCAUCUGGAAAAACCCUCUUGAGACGACAUUUGAACACACACUUCAAAGAGCUGGUCGGUGCAUCCAUCGUACAAGAAAAGAGGGAGUUGGAAGCUUCUUCAGGGUACACUCCUCUUACCACCUCUGCUAAAGUCAAGAUGCCAAAGAAAUCACAGUUCUCUCUAAAGCGCAAAAAGUCUAAAUCAGAACUAGAAUUUGACGACCUGCUAUGUCCACUUGACGAGAAGCCCCCUGUAGGUGCUCUACAGGACAAGGAAAAGGAGCGACUUCACAGAUCAUCCGCGCCACCGUUGAUUGGUCGCAUCACGAAGGUCUAGAGGAGAGCAAGCGCUGGCAGCUUGGCUUCCCUCACCAUUCCUCGAUCUGCCUGCAGCUCGUACCUUUGCCUAUGCCUAGUGCCUGAAUGCUAAAGUAUUGGCCGGGACACACUUUUCUUCAAGAUAAACAACAUUGAAGUGGUUCUCUGGAGUGUGUUGUCAUUAAUAUUUUUCUAUAGUUGAUGAAAUCCAAAAAGGUGCAGUAACUCUUUAAGAUGUAUAGCAGAUGGUUCAGGAAAAUCAAGCUAUUAAGUCACUUCAUAGAUUAGCUACAAGAGAGCCUCCUUAUUUCAUUGUGCCCCAAAGGCCAUCUGACCUCUUAUGUGCCUUAUUAUUAUAUAAAAGGCAUUAUGAAGAAUGCCAUUCCAGGCAGGCAGUUUGGAGAAGAAGCACUUUUAUAAUCAAGGUGUGCAUUCAGUGCGUGCUUGUUAUCGGUGAAAUAUUUUACUACUGUUAGUUAAAACGUUGACUUUAUGUGGAUGUAUCUACUUCUUUCCUUCAGUUACAAAUACACAAUACUAGUAAUAAAGUACCUUGCUGAUUCCCACUAGAUGAUAUUUAUGUUCUUCACAUUUCAUCUGGGUGUACUGAAAUUCUCUAUGGUGGUCCCCCCAAAUGACCAGUAUGUCACUGCCUAGGCAUGCACACAGAUCUCAGCAUGGAGGACCUGUGUUUAAAUGUUUAGUCCUAUGUGAGAUAGUAAAGACGGCUGUUGAGAGAGAAACUUUACAACAUUUUUAAUUCCUUUUAGAAUAUUUAUAUUUUUGUGUUUAUUUUUGACAAGAGAUCCUCUUUUAUCACAUUUUACUUUUUUGUUUGUUUAAAGAGAUAAAUAUGUGAUUUUAUCUUCAUUGUAAUUGCAUUGAACCUAUUGAUGUUAGCAGAUAUAUGUUUUAUUGAAGAAAUUAUCCACUUCUAGGUUAAGAGUACUUUUUUAAAGUCAAAUACUUUCAAUAAGGUUUUUUUUUUUCUUUUCUUUAGAAAGUCACUUUGAUAUUUUUUGUUGAGCAUUUGUAUGAGUUUUGUAUUUAAUUUAAAUUGUUUUAAGCAGCUUACGAAUCAGACAGUCAUUAUUUUAAAACUUUGCAUACUAUGUGGUGCAGUUUGUUUGUGCUGUGUUAUGGUUUGUGGGCAGCUGAAUUGCAGCUUAGAAAAUUAACAAGACUGAUGGGAAAUCUGUUUUAGAAAUUGUUAUGCUAUGUAAUAUAGUAAGUGAUUGACAGGGGCCUACAAGUUUAUGAUUGUAAAUUGAUGUUAUCAGUGAGGUAACAUGCAGCUGAUAAGCUCUUGUUCUGAAAAAAAUAUAACUUUGGACUUUAUAUAAAACUUUAACAAAAAAUGGUGUGAUUUAUCAAUGGUAGAAUUUUCUCUUUUUACAAAAUAAAUUUUAGAAACUGGUCUGUAAAUAGUAUAAAUACUUUUUCACCAUUAGUCACAUUUUUACAUUGUCUUAGUAAUUUGUAGGAAAUUGGAACAUUUGCCAUUUGCUGUCAUGGCCACAAGUCCCAAAAUUUGGCAACAAAAUAAAGUCAGUCAUUAGUAUUAGUUUUUUGUUUUUUUCAUUUUAUAUGGCCUGCAUAAUUUUUUUUGACACUUGGUAAAUGUGAAGGAAAUCAUAUGAAAAACUAUUUUUUUCGUAUUACUGAACUGUGGUUACAUGAUUUAAUAAUGGAUGCCUCUAAAUGACCAUAAUUUUGUUAAGGUAGCCCAUCUGCCUUGGUCUGCUGAUGCCAUGGUUUUUGUUACCAUUGUUAUGAUUAUUAGUAUCUUGUAGGAGGUGCAGUGCCUCAUUUUUUCCUUUCAUUGGUAAAUAUACUAAGAAUCAGCACUGACUAAGCUCCUGUUCUUAAAUAUUCACAAAGAUAAAAGAAGAUAAUGAAAAGUAGCCAAAAGUUAUUGUCAUUUUUAAAAGUGAAGGCAGCAAAUACAUGAAUUUAUUUGGAAUUGAAAAUAAAGGAGAACGUGUUUAGCUUGAGUUGAAGGCUGUAUCUUCAGUAAGGAUGAUAAAUAUUUACUAUACUAUUUAACUGCACUGGAGCAAGUACAUUUAAAAUACAUUGUUAUGAGAGACUUUCAGCAUUCAUAGAUAUUAUUCCUCAUGUCAUACACAGAAUAAGCUUUACAUUGUGUAUACUGUGAAUAGACAAUUGUAAUUCAUUUCAUUUUCAAGAAAGCUACCAGAUCUUUACAUAAAUACCAGCUCUAAAAGUUGAUGGCAGAAGAGCUUAUAAAGACUGAAAUCCUGGUGCAUAAAAUGUGACUUGAGAAAAAGCAGCUCAAGCAAAGUUAAUCAUUCAUCUGUUUAUUUAUCCUUGUUUCUUUUUAUGCAGUACUAAUAUACUAAUUUGGAAGUCAGAAAUAUUUAUUAACUAUUUAUUUUUUAGUGAUAUGUUUUUGAGGUGCAAUAAUAGAAUGUUGAUGUGCUCCAAGAUGACCAGAAUUAUCACAGGAUUCCCUUAGCCCUAGUCACCUUGUUUACAAUACUUAAUUUGUAAUAUGCAUAAUCUACUGUGUGUGGAAUUAUAUUAGGUUUUCAGAAAGAGUUUGAAUGUUUUCUAUAUGAAGUCACUGAAGAUAUUUGUCCCUGUAUUCAUUUUUUUUUUUGCAGCUAGAAGUCUGAGAUAACAAAAUGACGAUUGGUGAAGAAAUAAAAAUGAUUUAAACCUGAGAAGAUAUGAAGAGAUUCAGAGUUUUACAUAUUUAUAUAGUGGGUGUCCUCAGCUUCACAGGCCAAGACUGUGGAACUCUAACAGCACCAGUGGGGUGUAAUUUUUAGUAUACAUUUUUAAUAAAAUAACAAUGAUUUUCA